UACAAUCCACCCACCCCCACUCCCACCACCCUACCAUUACACCCCUUCUCUUGUCUUCCCGCUGCUCUCUCUCUCUCUCUAAUCCAUUUUCUUCACUGCCUCUAAUUAUUCUCUGCAAUUUCCUGAAAAAUUGGGCCUUUUUUCCUCAUAUUCAUAAACAUUAGCCGAUUUUAAACUUGAAGUAAAAUGAAGAAGAAACCCUAGCUCUGAACAAAACCCUAAUUUCAUCCACCUGUCCUGAGACAAAGAAAAAGAUUGUAUUUUUUUUUGUUUGUGAGGUUUGAAUUGAAAUUGUGGAAAGUAGUGGAGGACAUGGAAGGAAUUCCACAUCCAAUACCGAGAACCGUAGAGGAAGUUUUCAAUGAUUUCAAAGGCCGUAGAGCUGGUUUAAUCAAAGCACUUACCGCAGAUGUUGAUAAGUUCUAUCAGCAGUGUGAUCCUGAAAAGGAGAACUUGUGUCUCUAUGGGCUCCCUAAUGAAACAUGGGAAGUAAACCUCCCAGUUGAGGAGGUGCCUCCUGAACUACCCGAACCAGCACUAGGCAUAAACUUUGCUCGUGAUGGGAUGCAAGAGAAGGACUGGUUAUCACUUGUUGCAGUUCACGGUGAUUCCUGGUUGCUUUCUGUUGCAUUCUACUUUGGCGCACGGUUUGGUUUUGGUAAGAGUGAAAGGAAGAGGCUUUUCCAGAUGAUAAAUGAUCUCCCUACAGUGUUUGAGGUUGUGACUGGAGCUGCUAAACAGGCAAGGGACGCUGCUCAUAAUAACAGCAGCAAAAGUAAAUCGAGUGGAAAGUUUCGUCAGUCGGAGCCCCAGCACAAGGGGGUUAAGGUGUCAACACCUAAAGAGGAGGAUGAGAGUGGGGAGGAGGUAGAAGAAGAAGAUGAACAAGGGGCAACCCUCUGUGGAGCUUGCGGUGAUAAUUAUGGCCAAGAUGAAUUCUGGAUUUGCUGUGAUGUGUGUGAGAAAUGGUUCCAUGGCAAAUGUGUGAAGAUUACUCCAGCAAAGGCUGAGCACAUCAAGCAGUAUAAGUGUCCUAGUUGCAGUAACAAGAGGGCCAGAGUUUAGACUGCAAACUGAAGAGCAAGCAUCAGUCAAAUGGUGAAUGAAAGGCGUAGAAUUUGUAGCUUAACUUAUCAAACAAAAAAAGGUCAAGCUUGUGACCAGUGUCAGAAUUAAUGUAUGCUAGAUCGCCAUUUUUUUUAGACUUUGCAUUCUGCUUUCUCUUGUAUGCUUUUGGAUUGUGUUUUAGAUCAAGAAAAUUUGUGCCUUUUGUCAUUGUGUA